AUCUGUAUAGUGUAAUGCCUAUAGUAAAGUGCAUUUCAUUUACAUUUUAUGCCUUGUAUAUGUUGUAUAUAUUUGUAUUUUAUGAACGCAAAAAAUGCUCUUUCCUGAUAUGGCGGCAGUAUGCUAGUCAGAUACCAAAUUACCCAAAGACAGACAGGUAAUGGCUUAAUCUUUGAAGAAUUCAAAGGCAGCAGAAUGUCAAUAGGCCUAAUAGAAAAAUAAUUAUCUGUUCUUUAUGUUUUAUAAUGUCUUGAACUUAGGAAGGCAGGAUGAAAUUUUUAUCGUCGGAUUUAAAAUCUGUAGCAGCAACAUUGCUGGAGCUUUAUUGGGUCCUUUUGAUCAUAUCCAGUAUACUUAUGCUGUCUUUCUUUGAAAUUGAAAGUGAACGAAAUCAUACUGCGCCCCAAAACGCUAAUAUAAAUUAGGUAGCUCUUCUAAAAGUCAGUAAUCUCCUCCCCAAUUCAACGCAUAGUGAAAACAAACCAUCUUAACGUACCCAAUAAAAACUUAAAGCACCUCGAACAGGGUACCCAAGGAACUUAAUAUAUUUGAGAUGCGUUAUGAAACCAUUUACAUAUGACGAGGUUAGUCAAAUAUUCCGCUGCGUACUCAAUGAACUUAAAAUUCCAUUGUUUUACAAUUACAUUGUAUAGUUCAAUUUUAAUUAAAUUUUAUGCCCAAUGAUACUAGAAUGCGCAUCACUGGCAAACAAGUAUUUCUUAAAGGACAUACAUUUUUGUAUCGCCGUCAGGCUUGCUUCGUGGCCUGGAGCCCAUCCCAGGCAGCAGUGAGUACAAAGCUGGGCACCAACAGAAGGGGGGGGCAGAAUUUAAAACCCGUCAUGGAAAUGUGAGGCAACAGUGCUGCCCACUGUGUCGCCAGGCAUUAGACGUCAGCUUAAAGAAUGUAUUAGCCUAUGGGUAAAAAAAUAUAGAGUUUAUAAACUGCUAAAAAUUCCUGCUAAUAGAAUGAGCACUGCAUCCAUACCAUCAUGAUAAAAUAGUGUUGUUUAACAAACAACGCAAAACAUUUCACAAGAACAAGUACCAAUAACUGUCUGUGUUUUUAUUUAGCACAGCAUGUAAAACCCACACCUGACUCCACUUACCCUCUUUUCAUUACUCUAGAGAUUCAAUACUUUUUCUAUCAGUGACUUUAAUUGCUUAAACUACACGUUCAAUAAUGCAGAAUGUGAGGUGUUGUCUGUAUUGUCUACUUAAUAUAAAUGUGUCCAUUAUUUUGACUUAAGGAAAGAUCUAUUUUUUUCGUAGCUGGGCUAUCCUAUAUUUAUAUACACAUAUUGGCUUUUGCACUAGAAGUAGUUUAUGAAACUCACAUGAAUUUAAUAUGUGUAUUGAUGUAGGUCCUGACAACCCCCAUCUGCCCCCCCCCUCCACAGUCACCAUGAAAUACCAGCAAUGUUCUUUUUAAAUAAUAUGCUUUUUCACUGCUAGGUUAUUGUGAAACUCAGCAGACAUAUUUAGGGGGAAUUUACAUAGCAGUGCAACUCUGCUAUUCUGCGUUUGCAGUUCCUGGUUUUACAAAUAUCCUCAUCAUGUAAUGUAAUUGUGUUAAAUAACGAUGUACUUAAAAAACUUACCCAGGUGAGGGCCGUCAAAAUAUUUUCUUCGUUUUUAGAAAACUAUGCCACCCAGUGGAUAAUAGUGGUAUAUUAAUCAAACAGAAUUCAAGGAUUUUUAGGGAGUUAAUAAAAUAGUGAAUAACUGACUUAUUGCAGAUCCAGUGAACCAGUAUCGCAUGGACUGGAAGAUGGAUGGCCUGAGGGAUAAUUUGCAGUAGAUCACUGUUUAUUGCAUUUAAGGUACUUUAUAUGUGUUCUGUAGGGCGAAUGGCACAGGUUGGUACAGUGAAGUGAAAAACAUUGCCGGCUUUACAAAAAGCCAUGUUUAAAUGUGACGUGCAUGAAUAUUUUGGGGUAAUUUGUUAAUUGAUGUAUGAGACACAUUUAUCAAAGACCUCCGUAGUGCUAUUACACUGCUGGACCAGAUAUGGCAACGUUUCACUGACCUAAAACGAUCCAUUAUCCUAUAUAUAUAUAGGGGCGGCAUGGUGGUGCAGUGGUUAGUACUGUUGCCUCACACGUCUGGGACCCGGGUUCGAGUCUCCGCCUGGGUCACAUGUGUGUGGAGUUUGCAUGUUCUCCCCAUGUCGUCGUGGGGUUUCCUCCGGUUUCCUGCCACAGUCCAAAAACAUGCUGAGGCUAAUUGGACUUGCUAAAUUGCCCAUAGGUGUGCAUGUGUGAGUGAAUGGUGUGUGAGUGUGCCUUGUGAUGGGCUGGCCCCCCAUCCUGGGUUGUUCCCUGCCUCGAGCCCAUUGCUUCCAAGAUAGGCUCCGGACCCCCCAUGACCAGUAGGAUAAGUGGUUUGGAAAAUGGAUGGAUAUAUAUAUAUAUAUCCAGGGUUUUCCAAUCCAGUCCUUGGGGACCAACAGACAGUUUACAUUUUUGCUCCCUCCUAGCUCAAGCAAAACUUUCGACUGUCUGGCAAUGAUCAAAAAGAGCAAAAACGCGUGGGUCCCUGAGGAAAUAUUGAUUUAAUCCCAUACACAGUUGGGAGCGGAACAGUUGUUGAAUGGGAUCAGUUAUUUGGAGGGACACGGUAAUCUUCCUACAUGACUUAGAUCGCCAGACACCACAGACUAGUACAAGUUUUCUAUGAAAGGAAAAAUGCUUUUUCAUUUUGUUAAAAAAAUUAAAAUUUAAAAAAUAUGACAGUUGUCUCCCCUACACUUUACAUUCUCUGCUCACACAAUAAAUGUGUUCUCAUAUUUCACAUCAGAAUAGCAUUGAGGGUCCACUGAGAUCACCACAGCCCUCUCUGCUGCUAUAAAAUGGGAUAAGGAACAAGAGCUUUCUCCGCUAGUCUUUGAAAGGACCCACAUACUUCCUCCAAUGGCCCAGCAUCUUAUCCAGGGUUUAAAUAUGCCCUGUACUGGUGCCAUGUGAUAGCCUGCACCCCCCAUGGCUGUGUAUUGGAAAAGUGGUUGGCUGAUGAAUGAUUUUAAAAAGGAAAAUGGAUACAUUUGUUUAUAUAUGCAAAUACAGGUUAUAUUAAUAAGGUCACAUCUAGAAAUGAAGUGUUACUAUAAUCUGGUGAGGGAAAUACAUUGAGGAACAUUUGUUUUACACGUUCCAUCCAACAGCGAAGGGUAAAAUGUUCCGCUUUCCCAUGAACCGCCAACUAAUUGGAUUUAAAGCACUGGUGCCGAAUUGUGGGGUAAAAAGAGGGGCCUAUAGCUUUGUUGAAGUCUAUGUAAGUGGAUUAGGACAUGGCACAAAUAGGAUUAUGCUGUCCGCUUGGAGUGGAUCACCGUGUAGUCUUGGCUUCUCUUUAUUCAUUUGCUUAAUGGCCUUCCAUUGAAUGCCCUGUGUCCAAUGGUUACCUGCACAAACGCCUUGGGGUGAACAGCAGCAAAACAAAAAAAAAAGGAAAAGUGUACUUACUUAAGAACAUGUGCCUGAAAUCAAUCACUGUUUCGCGAAGGAGUGGUUGUGUAUUACCGGUAAACCUGGGAGCGAAGAACCCAAACUAGAAACCAGACUUGCUCAAAAAUAAUGCCUGUUUUCGAGUCAAAUUAAAUUACCUAAGAUGGCACAGAUAAAGCUCUGACAGGACGACACAGGCUAGAGUUUGUUUGUUAUAACUGCACCAGGGUACAAGGGAAUAAGUCAAAUGGUUUUGGGGUCUUUUGUGGGGGCAUUGUGUGGCUCACUGGAUCCUGAUGCUGCGCCUGUAACCGGAUGAGUGAUUUCACUGUCAGGCCCCUCAGCAAGGCCCUUAACGUCUCUUGCUCCAGGGACUGACUGACCUUUUUUUUUCUCAGUUGCAUGUCACUUUGGAUAAACACACCCGAUAAAUAAAUGUAAAUUGUGCGAUGGUGGCUUAGUGGCCACACUCCUUAUAUCCAAUGCCAGGUGUGAGUGCAGUUUCCAAGUCCUGUCCUUCCGCUUGGUUUCUGCUCAGCAGACAUCCAGGAACCUGAGUGAAUCUCUACAUCUCUUGCCCCUGGACAUUGGUCCUUUCCUUGCCUAGCUUUGAUGUCAUUAUAAAUUGUAAGGACAAUGAACUAAUUUGGCAAAUUCAGCCUAGAUGAAUUUAGCUGGAAUGUAGACUGACAGACGCCCAUCUGGCCAGGUAUUGAAUGAUGUUUAAUUAUGCUGCUUGGAACAGACUCCAGGCUCACUGUGACUGGGUAAGUAGUAAUGGAAGAUAUACUUACAUGUUUUAAUGCAGUAAGGUUCAGCAGGAUGGCAAUAAUCUACAAGCCACAGAUAUUUGGAGGGAGCCACAAACUGUCACAUGGAACGUUUUUGAGAUUUGUGUUCCCUGAAUGAGGCUCUUCAAGUUUAAUGAUUUAAUGUAUUGUGGCGCAGUGGAGUGGUGUGGCCUGGGGGUGUGAUUCCCACCCCUAGCCAUGUUUGGUCUCCCUUUGAUUGUGUGCAGUGGCUUCCUCUUGCAACCCUAAAACAUGCAGCUAUGCAAACUGCUGUCGGUGAAUUAUGUUAUUAUAUUGGAUGUUAUGGAAGAUAGAUGGAUACUUAAGUGUUCUAUGUAUAUUUGCCAAAAACCAUAUUACCUACAUACCAUGCACUCAAUGCGAAAGGCUUUUAUAUAUGCAUAUAUAUAUAUGUGUGUUUGUGUGCGUGUGUCCGUGUGUGUGUGUAUAUAUGGUUCCUCAACUGUCAAUGAACUCUGAUAUAAGAACCAUAUUUCACAGUUAAAAGAUACUCUACAAAGGUUGUGUUUCAGCAUUAAUCUACCAAACACAACAAAUAUAGGUCCAUCAUAUCAUACCUAGAUAAUGGUGAUUAUUAUUAAAAAUAUAUAAACAUAUAUUCCUGCCAAUUAGUUGUUCCACAAAGCAAAACUGUCCCCUUUCUGUUUCUUGAUUUGUUUUGCUACAAUGGCUUUCUAUCCAAUAAACAUCACCAGCACAGGCAGUCUGUGUUUACCUGCUUUUAAUCCAUAUUUCAUGAAAUGGCAUCAUGUGUCGUGUGAGCGAGGCUGCAAGGUGGAGAACAGGCCGGAGCAGCUCAGGCCCCAGCUGACGGCAGGGCGGCCAGAUGUCUCCUUAACAACAUAAGAGCGAUUAGCUCCUCCCCUCCAGGGUCAGUGUUUGCACAGAGCACAGCGGCGAGCAGGGGGAGAUCACGUUCGCAGGCAGACCUGUAGCAUCUCACUCCGCCGGAGCCAUUUCCCUCUUGCUUUUAGGGCGAACAUGGAUGGAAACCAGAAGGCUGAAGGUCAGAAACCAGACGUCAUCGUGCUUGGCGGAGGUUUGUCAGGUCUGAGUGCAGCUAAGCUGCUUAAAGAGUCUGGUUUGACUGUGGUAGUCCUGGAAGCACGGGAUCGAGUCGGGGGUAGGACCUAUACUGUGACAGGAUCGAAAUUCAAGUAUGUAGACCUUGGAGGUGCUUAUAUUGGCCCCACCCAAAACUGCAUCCUUAGACUGGCAAGAGAGUUAGGAGUGAGAACCUACUUGGUAAAUGAAAAGGAGCACCUUGUUCAUUAUACUAAGGGUAAGGCUCACCCCUUCCGCGGUCCCUUCCCACCGGCGUGGAACCUCCUGGUGUACCUGGAUUAUAACAACCUUUGGAGAACCCUGGACUCCCUGGGAAGACAGAUCCCUGCCGAAGCCCCGUGGACCUGCUCUCAUGCAGAGGAAUGGGACAAUAUGACGAUGAGGGAGCUGAUUGACAAAAUCUGCUGGACGAGGACAGCAAAGGAUUUUGCCAGGCUUUUUGUGAACGUAAAUGUGACAUCUGAGCCUCAUGAGGUUUCGGUGCUCUGGUUCCUGUGGUACGUCAAGCAGUGUGGAGGAACAAGAAGAAUCUUCUCCACGUCGAAUGGAGGACAGGAGAGGAAAUUCGUGGGUGGGUCUGGACAAAUCAGCGAGAGAAUAGCAGAGCAGCUGAGGGGAAGCGUCAUGCUGAACCAGCCUGUCGUCAGAGUUUCUCAGAAUGCCGAGGGCGUUUCCGUGGAAACGUUAACUGGAGACAAAUACAAGGGGGGGUACAUUAUCAGUGCUAUCCCACCGGGACUGACCAUGAAUAUCCACUAUGAGCCUGGACUACCACCUAUCAGGAAUCAGCUGAUCCAGAGGGUUCCCAUGGGCUCCAUAAUCAAGUGCAUGAUGUACUACAAAAGGCCAUUUUGGAAGGAGAAGGGCUACUGUGGAACAAUGAUGAUUGAAGAUGAAGACUCCCCUAUAUCAAUGACCCUAGAUGACACCAAGCCAGACGGCUCAUGUCCUUGCAUAAUGGGAUUUAUUUUAGCCAGAAAAGCCAGGGAGCUCAUCCACUUGACUAAAGAUGAGAGGAAACAGCAAAUUUGUCAGAUAUAUUCAAAGGUGUUGGGUACUACUGAUGCUCUUCAGCCACUUCACUACGAGGAGAAGGACUGGUGUGGUGAGCAGUAUUCAGGGGGCUGUUAUGCUGCCUACUUCCCUCCCGGAACCUACCGCCAGUUCAGCAGGGCCCUCAGGGAACCAUUCGGCAGGCUCUUUUUUGCAGGCACCGAAACGGCCACCAAAUGGAGCGGCUACAUGGACGGGGCCGUGCAGGCAGGAGAGAGGGCAGCCAGAGAGGUGCUGCAUACCAUGGGUAAAAUCUCUUCCCUGGAGAUCUGGAAAGAGGAUGAAGAAGAUCAGGACGUUCCGUCAACGCCAAUCACGGCGAGUUUCCUGGAGAAGUGGCUGCCUUCCGUUCCUGCCUUCGUGUCAAUGGUGACCGUCUGUACUAUGUUUAUAUCUGCCAUUGGAAUCGCCUUACUGAAACCAAGCAUUCAGGUCCGUCUCUCCCGCUGAGAUUUCAUAAUAUUGGCAACAUUAUUUAUGUAAUGAAAGGCAAAAUCUGCCCCAUUGUGCUUGGAGGAUUUGACACACUGCAUUUAAAUCAAAAUGAUUCAAACAGGUAGAGAUCAAUCAAAUCAAAUACAAUGAUAUUUUUUUUUAACAUUAUAAUGCUUUUCUUUAUCAUUUAUGCUAUAUUUAUAAGAUUUCAAAACUGAUGAGAAAGUGAGAUGUUAUAGGAAGUAAGUAUAUAUGUAAACGUUGUUGAUUUCCUUUCUUAAAGCACAUUUCUCCAAAUUAUGUUUUUUUUUAUUUAGAUCAUUAUUGUUUCAGUACAUGUGCUUAACGUUAAGUUCAUUUCAACAGUUUCAUCAAUGGUUAUUUAGAUAAAUGAUACAGUUAAUGGCUACAUGAGACAAAGUCAAAAAACAUACAUUCUCUUUGUCCCGUUUGUUUAAACAUGUUAACUGUCCUUAAUGUCUUUAGCUACGCAUUAUUGAAUGAUUUGUUUUAUGUCUUUUAUUUUUCCUUGUGAACUUUGGGUUUUUGCACCGUUAGGAAAGUGCUACAUGACUAUAUUUGUUUGGUGUAAUACACUAAAUGUGAAAUCAGCUAAAUGUCAUAUGACGACGUCUAACCUUCAAAUGCUGUUUGUCUGUAUUACUGUGAAUGGGAAGCACCAUCCUGAAGAAGCUUAUGGUAACACUUAAAGCCCGCAAGAAGCUCUUACUGUAUAGCAUAAGUCGUUAUGCAUAUUGCAAGAGUUGUUCAUAUCUGUAUGUACAGAAGUUUAUGUCAUGCUUCUUAAACUACUCAUUAUCAUGUAACGUACACAGUGCAGUUGCA